AUGCCCUUCAUGUCCUCGGCCGUCGCACCACCACCACUGACAAUGUCGCAAUCCGGUGGGAAAGAGAUGGCGAACAAUGUCUUUAUGGAAGACUCGGACAGUGAUGAUGACAUGAACGUACCGCAGCAACCAUCGACUCUGCUUCAACAGCUUCCAAGAAGCAGCCAACUACCUCCGAAUCUCCCAACCGCUUCACAAUCGCAAAGCACGCAACCACCGCAAAGCCAAAGUCAAUCUCACGACUUGGGUUUGUCGCUCUUUGCCAAACGCACAAUUCACAACCCAUUAAUCUCAUCAACCAAGACCCCAACCACCACAAGAGUCGCCAUCCGCACAUCAUCUGGCAAGUCUUUUUCUGUCGGAAAGAAGCAAAACACCGAAGCUCUGUCAGCCGAACGACUUGCAGCUUCACGCUCAGACAUUGCCGAGGGAAGAGCUCAAAGAGAAUACUAUGGCAUCGACAUCCACAAUUUGGUCAACGAAGCCAAAGCCCAACAAGUUAUUGACCAAGCAGAAGCUGAGAGGAAAGCCGCCCUGCCAUCUAUAGAGUCACCUCUUCCACUCGACGGCGCACAAAGAAAUCAGCGAACACUGAUGUGGACGGAGAAGUACAGAGCGAAAAAGUUCACAGAGCUGGUGGGAGAUGACCGUACACAUCGCUCCGUCAUGCACUGGCUCAAGCGCUGGGACGACAUUGUCUUCCCCGGCUCAAACAGAAAACCGAAACAUCGCAAGAAUGCAGAAAAUCCUGUCGAGGAACGAUCCCAUCGCAAAGUCUUACUGCUUACUGGUCCUCCGGGUCUGGGAAAGACGACACUCGCUCAUGUUUGCGCUAAACAGGCUGGGUAUGAAGUCCAAGAGAUCAAUGCUAGUGAUGAGAGGAGUAGUAAUGUCGUCAGAGGCCGUAUCAGAGAUAUGGUCGGUACGGAGAACGUCAGAGGUGUUGAUUCAAAGACUGCUUCUGGCAAAGUUCGCAAAGCCGGCCGUCCUGUUUGUGUCAUUGUUGAUGAGGUCGAUGGUGUAGUGGGAGGCAGUGGAGGUGCAGGCGAAGGCGGUUUCGUCAAAGCUCUCCUCGACCUCGUUGCUCUGGACGCGAGAAACACAAACAAGACUCACUCACAACAAGCUUCUGGAAAGAGAAAAGGGGACAAUUUCCGCUUACUUCGACCACUUAUCCUUAUCUGCAAUGAUGUCUAUCAUCCCUCUCUACGCCCGCUACGACAAAGUACAGCUGCCGAGAUCAUCCACGUCCGGAAGCCAGCUAUUAAUUCCGUCGUUGCUAGAAUGCAGUCAAUCUUUGACAAAGAGAAUAUCCCGCACGACAGUGAUGGUGUGAGAAAGCUAUGCGAGGCUUCCUGGGGUAUGAGCAGUCGCAAAGAGGGCGGUUCAGGCAGCAGCACAGGAGAAGGCGAUAUCCGCGGUAUCCUUGUCGUAGGCGAAUGGAUCGCAGCCAGACUACGAGCUACCCACGACCCAUCCGCAAACUCCAUGCAACGACUCACAAGGCAUUGGAUUGAAGCCAAUAUCCUAGCUGAUCUGUCUCAUGGCGGAGGAGCAGCCAGAGGGGUGGGUCGUGGUGGGCCAAAAGAAGUAGUCGAGCGUGUCUUUAAAGAAGGCGCUGGCUUCUCUAAACCAGCCAUGCUUACUGCUCCCUCUGCCUCUUCGUCCAGAGGACCGAAAGGUGUAGCCGAAGCAAAUAAACGACAAGCCAUGGAUAGGCUCAGAGAAAUGGUAGACACAUCUGGGGAUAUCGAUCGCAUCAUGCUCGACUGCUUCACCAGCUACCCAGACCUCCCCUUCCAAGACGACAAUUACCUCUCCAAACCCUCUGCCGCAUACGAAUGGCUAAAUUUCCACGACCAGCUAUCUUCAGCCGUCUUCAGCCACAGCGAAUGGGAAUUAGCCACCUAUCUCGCCCAACCAAUCCUCGCCUUUCACAAUCUCUUCGCAACGCCUAACCGUGGACAUUCCACCAACAAAGCCUGGAACGACAAAGAAGAAGAAGACGAAAGUCCAGCACCAUUCUCAGGCCCUCAAGCUUCCUACCACGCUCACGAAGCGCGAAAAGCAAAUCUAGAAAUCCUGCAGACUUUGCAAUCUUCCCUCUCUUUACCUCUGUUGCGAAUGUUUCCCUCUCCAAAUUCCCUGACUACGGAAUUCAUACCCUGGAUUUCGAAAAUGCUGGCACCGAAUGUUGCACCGGUCAUUGUGCAUAAUUCCGCUUCCUCCACGGCUUCUGUGCGCAAAGCUAGUGAAAAGGUUCUGGUGGCAAGGGCUGUUAAUGCCAUGACAGCAUCGGGGGUUCGCUUCCAUCGUACGAGAUUGGAAACAGAGGGAGCGAACAAAGCAUCGGGAGCGCAGCAAACAUGGGUUUAUCGCAUGGAACCUGCGAUUGAUGAACUUUGUUCUUAUGAAACUCUGGAUACUUUAAGAGCUGGGGGUGUGGUGGUAUCAGGGGAUAAAAGCAGAUUUUCCGUUCGUCAAGUGUUGGAGCAGGAGUUUUGCGUGCAGAGUAAGAAAACUGCCGAACUUGCUAGAGUUGUUCGAGGAGGAGGAGGAGGAGGUGGUGGUAGGGGGGCAGGGGGUAUAAUAUCGUUGGCUGACACAGUAGCAGGGGUUUCUGUUCCUGCAGCAGAGAUGGCGGGGAAGAAGAGUACAUUAAAGAGAGAUUUCUUUGGUAGAGUACUCGUAUUAGAAGAGAAAGAGGAAGAAGAAGAAGAAGAAGAAGAAGAAGAAGAAGAAAAAGAGGCAGAAGGAGAAGAAGCAGCAGCAGCAACAACAACAAAAAAGAAGAAGAAACAGAGGAAAGAUGCGACGGGAGAUGGCAAGGAGGAGAGGGUAUGGAUCACUUUCCACGAAGGGUAUUCUAAUGCUGUUAGGAAACCCGUGUCGCUUAGGGAGUUAUUGGGGGCCAUGUAG